AUGUCAGCUUCAGUAGACAGCAGUCUCAACGCCACCUCGCCUGAACCUCAUCUUCCUUCGAGUGACUUAUUGACGGACCUAUCCACUAUGCCAUCACGACUCACAAUCUUCGCCAUCGUCGCGGCCGUCCUUGCUAUACUUUUCUCGCCGCAAAUUGCCAGCUUUGAAACCUCGGACAGCUGCAUCGUGGCUGCUCCUCCGCAGUUCGUGAAGCAAAAGGCAAUCGACUUCGACUUCAUCCGCUCGGUGCAAGCGACCGGCGGCAGCGCCUUCCUCGACGCCCUGCGCCUCUCCCGCAACGGCCACUACUUCUCCGCAAGCCUCUCCGAACGGGACGAAUACCUUGAACUAACACCUCCUCGCCGCAAAGACGGCGUGCGAAAGGCCAAAGUCGUCCACAACGACCAUUGGAAAUUUGUGUAUCGCGAGGACUUCAAGUAUGGACAGAGGGUUAUGCAUUGGAUUUCUGUCAGGCCGAGUGGCAAGCACACCGUUUUGGAAUAUGACCGGCGGUGGAAGGGGAGUCUUGGCGUUGCUUGCUUUGAGGUCGACGGUAUUUGA